AGUUAUUUUGAGAAGUGGGAAAUGGAAGAGAAACUUGAAAGGGAACCCGAAAAGAGUCCAAGAGGAGGAAUUCUCUGAAAGAUUUGCAAGAGACUGACCAUCUGGUUCUCUGAUUCCCUUAGGUGGAAUCAAGAGGAUCAACAUCGUAUAUGUGUUUAUACACAUAUAUAAAGAUUUCUACACGUAAAGAGUUCCACAUAUCAUUGUACAAGAUUUUUAUAUAGCAAAGCACAAAAACCUGAAGAAAAGAUUGCAUGAAACAUUUUUCAGAAGGUUUUUGAAAGGGUUUCAACGUUUUUGAGUGGUUUGCUGAAAUAGGUGUUUCUCAAAACGAUUGCAAAAUGGAAGGGUGGCUGUAUGUCAUCAGGUCCAAUAGGUUUGGUUUACAGUUUUCACGCAAAAGGUAUUUCAUUCUUCAAGAAAACUACCUCAAAUGCUACAAAACAAGACCCAUCUCACAGGAAGAGGAGCCACUUAGAAGUGCAAAUAUAGACUCUUACAUUCGCAUUACAGAUAAUGGAAGAGAGAGCAUCAAUAGGAAAGUCUUCUUCAUUUUCACGCUUUAUAAUACUUUAAAAGACAAUGAUCAACUUAAGUUGGGAGCAAGUAGUUCAGAAGAUGCGGGAAAAUGGAUUCGUUCCUUACAGAAUGCUGUGGUGAAGGAGUGCCCAAAUCCAGAAAAGGAAUUUAUGUCUUUCUCUAAGAAGAACUGGCCACCUUCAAGAUUUGGCAGUUCAAAGAGGGCUGGCAGUAAAAGAUCUGUAGGUUAUUACCCCUUCUUGCAGAAUGAGGCGGUGACAUCUGAUGUAAUAGCCCCGUCAACAUGGAAGAUUUUUGGUUGUCAGAACGGAUUGCGUCUCUUCAAAGAAGCAAAAGAUUGGGAUUCUCGGGGGAGGCAUUGGGAUGAUCAUCCAGCUAUAAUGGCAGUUGGUGUGGUUGAUGGAACUCCAGAAGCCAUUUUCCGUACUCUUAUGUCUCUUGGUGCCUCGAGAUCAGAAUGGGACUUCUGUUUUUACAGGGGCAGUGUUGUUGAGCACCUUGAUGGUCACACAGAUAUUCUUCACAAGAAGUUAUACAGCAAUUGGCUACCCUGGGGGAUGAGGCGAAGAGAUUUGUUGUUGCGACGAUAUUGGAGAAGAGAGGAAGAUGGAACAUAUGUAAUUCUAUACCAUUCUGUGAUUCACAAGAAGUGUCCUCCACAAAAAGGAUAUGUUCGAGCUUGCCUUAAAAGUGGAGGAUAUGUAAUAACUCCUGUAAAUCAAGGAAGAGAAUCGCUUGUGAAACACAUGCUUGCAAUUGAUUGGAAGUUUUGGAAAGUAUAUCUGCGUCCACCGUCUGCAAGAUCUAUAACCAUCCGUAUGCUUGAAAGAAUUGCAGCACUGAGGGAGCUGUUCCGAGCCAAAUCUGGCAACCAUCCAUCUGACUUCUCUUCUUCAGAUUCAUCAGUAAAAACAAUGUUGCCCCAGGAUGGAAUGGAGGAUAUUGAAUCAGAAGAUAAAGGCCAACAGAAGUUCGAGCAGAAUGCUGAUUUAAAGGAAAACGAGGCAGAAAAAACAAAUUCAGGACGCAGAAGUUUGAUGAGCCUGAAUGAUGCCUCUGAUGAAUUCUUUGAUUUUCCUGAUUCCAAUGAAGAUAUAGAUUUUGACCUCUUGGAGAAUGGCUGGUAUCCUGAAAAGAGUCAAGAACAGCCUACUUCGCAUAUAUGCCAGCACAGAUUAUCAUCUGCCGCUGUCUUUGUGAAGAAGUUACAUGAUCUUGCAGUUCAGAAGAAGGGUUAUAUAGACUUUCAGGAGUUGCCUAAAGAUGAAAAUGUAGCAACAUCCUAUGGUAAUACUCUUCAGAAGGACUCAACCUAUUCUUUACCUUGCAGUUGGGCUACUGCCGAGCCCUCUACCUUUUUGAUUCGUGGAGAAAAUUAUUUAAAAGACAAUCAGAAGAUCAAAGCAAAAGGUUCAUUAAUGCAAAUGGUUGGAGCCGAUUGGCUAAGAUCCGACCACCGAGAGGAUGAUCUUGGAAGCCGUCCUGAGAGUAUCAUUCAGAAGUAUGCAGCACAAGGUCGACCAGAAUUCUUCUUCGUCAUCAAUAUACAGGUCCCCGGUGCAACCCAGUAUACCAUCGCGCUAUAUUAUAUGUUAAAAACUCCUCUGGAAGAAACUCCCUUGCUACACAGCUUUGUCCACGGUGAUGACGCCUUUAGGAAUUCAAGAUUUAAGCUCAUACCUUAUAUUUCUAAGGGAUCGUGGAUAGUCAAGCAGAGUGUUGGUAAGAAAGCUUGCUUAGUUGGUCAAGCACUAGAAAUACAUUAUUUUCGUGGGAAGAAUUACUUGGAGCUUGACAUUGAUGUCGGAUCUUCCACCGUUGCCAGGGGGGUGGUCAGUCUUGUUCUCGGAUACCUAAACAAUUUGGUCAUAGAAAUGGCAUUUCUCGUGCAGGGUAACAACGAGGAGGAGCUCCCGGAAAUCCUUCUCGGAACUUGUCGACUCAAUAAUCUGGAUGUAUCCAAAUCCGUCCCUGUAUAGCCAUAAUAUCAUGACCUGCACUUUUUUUUUCUGACAUCUCCAUGUGAGAAUGUCGAAGCUGGAUAAGAAAGGCAGAAUGACGAAAAUGGCAGGCGAGGUGCUCCAUGAUCAUGGAAUUAACACUUGUACGUGCCCCCUUUUCUUUCAUUCAAGGUUGAAAUGGCAAUAAUUUGCUAAUUUCGUCAGUGAUUCUUUGAUAGGGCAAUUUAUUUUCUACAUCUUUUAUUAUUAUUUUCCCUCGUAGAGAUGCAUAACCAAGUAUAUGCUAUUCUACAUAUUUUCUCAAUCUAACAUGCUAGUCGAGCCAUUGUUCUAUAUAGAAUAUAUUUUGUCA